UAAUAUCUUGCAGUGCAUCUGUCGACAUCUCGCAGCCCUCCGCCUAGUUUGGAAAAAGAUACGCUGGCUUGGCCCGGUUUGGAAGGACGAUGAAUCCGAUGUGCGGCGCAGGACGCGCUGUGCUGAGAACCCGUGGAUUGCCGCAUACAGCUACCCCGCGAUCACAAAAUUCACAGGUAGCUGCACCCCGCCAUCGCUUUUAUACCCCAUCGAUUGUGCGCGCAGUCAGGCACUUCUCGAGUACGCGGUGCAUCAUGACGGCGACCAAGAUUGACGGCACGGCGAUUGCGAAGAGCAUCCGCGAGAGGCUCGGCGGGUACAUCAAGGAGAAGCAGGGCGUGAACCCGCGGUACCGCCCGAGUCUGAAGAUCGUGCAGGUCGGUGACCGCUCAGACUCCUCCACCUAUGUGCGCAUGAAGCUCAAGGCCGCCGAGGAGGCCAACAUCGACUGCGAGCUCGUCCAGCUGCCCGAAGACACGACGGAGAGUGACCUGCUGCACCGCGUACAUGCCUACAACAACGACCCUGCCGUCCACGGCAUCCUCGUCCAGCUGCCGCUGCCCAAGCACAUCUCCGAGUACGAGAUCACCAGCGCCGUCGCCGACGACAAGGACGUCGAUGGCUUCGGCGCCGCAAGCAUCGGCGAACUGGCCAAGCGCGGCGGCAAGCCUCUGUUCACGCCCUGCACGCCCAAGGGCGUCAUGGUGCUGCUGGAGGAGGCCGGCGUGCAAAUUGCAGGCAAGAACGCCGUCGUGCUCGGCCGCAGCGACAUCGUGGGCAGCCCCGCUAGCUACCUGCUGAAGAACGCCGACGCGACCGUCACUGUCUGCCACUCCAAGACCGCCAACCUGCCCGACAUCGUGCGCCAGGCCGACAUUGUCGUUGCUGCCAUUGGCAAGGCGCAGUUCGUCAAGGGCGACUGGCUCAAGCCCGGCGCCGUUGUCAUCGAUGUGGGCACCAACUUCAUCCCCGACUCCAGCAAGAAGAGCGGCCAGCGCCUAGUCGGUGAUGUCGACUACGAGUCUGCCGCCGAGGUCGCCUCCCAAAUCACCCCCGUCCCCGGAGGUGUUGGUCCCAUGACCAUUGCUAUGCUGCUGCAGAACCUCGUGGAUUCCGCCGAUGCCACCUUCGACCGCCAGACAAAGCGCAAGAUCACCCCGCUGCCCAUUAAGCCUGAAGACCCCAUUCCCUCCGACAUUGCUAUCUCACGCAAGCAGCACCCCAAGCACAUCACAACCAUCGCCAAGGAGGUCGGCAUCCUGCCCCACGAACUGGAGCCAUAUGGUGCCACCAAAGCGAAGGUCGACUUGUCUCUGCUGAAGCGUCUUGAGCACCGCAAGAACGGUCGCUACGUCCUCAUUGCCGGUAUUACCCCCACUCCUCUUGGAGAGGGCAAGUCCACAACCACCAUCGGUGUAGCACAGGCAUUGGGCGCACACCUUGGCAGGAUAUGCUUCGCCAACGUCCGUCAGCCCAGUAUGGGACCUACAUUCGGUAUCAAGGGUGGAGCUGCCGGUGGUGGUUACAGCCAGGUCAUUCCCAUGGACGAAUUCAACCUCCACUUGACUGGUGACAUCCACGCCAUUACAGCCGCCAACAACCUGCUCGCUGCCGCAAUCGAGACCCGCAUCUUCCACGAGAAUACACAGAAGGACGCUGCCCUGUACAAGCGGUUGGUACCUGCGAAGAAGGGUGGACGCGAGUUCGCACCUGUCAUGUUCCGUCGCCUGAAGAAGCUCGGCAUUGACAAGACCAACCCCGAUGACCUGAACGAGGAGGAGAUCACCAAGUUCGCCCGCCUGGACAUCGACCCUGAGACCAUCACAUGGCGCCGUGUCUUGGAUGUCAACGACAGGCAUCUGCGAGGCAUCACCAUUGGCCAGGCACCCACCGAGAAGGGUCAGACCCGCGAGACCGGCUUCGACAUCUCCGUCGCCAGUGAGUGUAUGGCCAUUCUCGCGCUCAGCAACGACCUUACGGAUCUUCGCGAGCGUCUCGGCCGCAUGGUUGUCGCCAGUUCCCGCAGAGGUGAACCAGUCACCUGCGACGACAUCGGUGCUGGUGGUGCUCUAACUGCCCUCCUCCGCGAUGCCAUCAAGCCCAACAUGAUGCAGACCCUGGAGGGAACCCCUGUCUUCGUCCACGCCGGUCCCUUCGCCAACAUCUCUAUCGGCGCGUCAUCCGUCCUUGCCGACAAGCUCGCACUCAAGCUUGCCGGUACCGAAGCUGGCGAGAAUCACGACGAGAGGACCGGUUUCGUCGUCACAGAAGCUGGAUUCGACUUCACCAUGGGCGGCGAGCGCUUCUUCAACAUCAAGUGCCGCUCCUCCGGCCUCGUCCCGGACACCGUCGUCAUCGUCGCAACCGUCCGCGCCCUCAAGGUCCACGGCGGCGGUCCUGAGAUCAAGCCCGGCGCUCAGCUCCAGGAGUGCUACCGCACCGAGGACAUCGACAUGCUGCGCAAGGGCUGCAUCAACCUGAAGAAGCACAUCGCGAAUGCGCGCUCUUACGGCGUCCCCGUCGUCGUCGCCAUCAACAAGUUCGCCACAGACACCCAGGCCGAAAUCGACGUCAUCCGCGAGGAGUCCCUCGCCGCCGGCGCCGAAGAUGCCAUCCCCGCGAACCAUUUCGCCGAGGGUGGAAAGGGCGCCAAGGACCUCGCGGAGGGUAUCAUCAAGGCCUCCGCGCAGCCUAAGGACUUCAAGCUGCUGUACAAUCUCGACAACACCGUGCAGGAGCGCAUGGAGGAGAUUGCGAAGAAGAUGUACGGCGCCUCUGCUGUUGAGUUUAGUGAGCUUGCGCAGAAGAAGGUUGAUACGUACACCAAGCAGGGUCUGGGUAACUUGCCUAUCUGCGUGGCGAAGACGCAGUACUCGCUUUCUCACGAUCCGGCACUCAAGGGCGCGCCGGAGGGCUUCACUGUUCCGAUUCGCGAUGUUCGUAUGGCCGCUGGUGCUGGGUACUUGUAUGCGCUGGCUGCUGAUAUUCAGACUAUUCCUGGUCUGCCUACCGCUCCAGGGUACCUCAACAUUGACGUUGAUACCGAGACUGGUGAGAUCGACGGCAUGUUCUAGAUGACCAAGCGCAGCAAGGUCCUUGGGAGCCUUACGAGUCCUACGAGAUCGUGGAGGUAGUCACGUGGUAGAAGAGGAUGUUUUCAACAACUUGACGUUCUUCAGCAUAUGGCGUUUACAGGAUGGGGUUGGGAUAUGAUAUUGUAGCGAUAUUCAACACUUGGAUGCAUAGCAUGGGGAGGUCUCCAAACAUCAACCAGAUAGAUCUCAAAAAGGGAAGAAGAAAAUGAUACUCAUAAUCCGUU